UCUUUGAAAAAGAAUUCAAAAGGUGACCAUUACAACAGCAUAGAAAGACUAAAAGAAGAAGAAAAAACUUAUGUCCCCCCAUAUGUGCUAUAUACAGCACUUUUUAGAAAUGUAGAAACAGAAGAGAUAAAAAUAAGUGAAGCAUUAAUUAAAAGCCUAAUUCUAAAAAAGUACAAGACAG